AUGGCUACAGCUGAAGGGCCCUCACGGGCGCACGAUCGCAACGCUCGCCGCCGCCCAUUCUCUAGCUGGAUGAAGCGCCUUGCAAGUUUCAAAGGCUCCUCCGAGUCCGGUACAAAUCGCUGGUCCAACAAGCGAAGCGGUACCGCCAAGGGGAAGAAGACCCAGGGCAACAACAACCCUUAUCCACUAUCGGGGACAAUCAAUCGGCAAAACGCGAACAGCUCAUAUGAAUCAAGUGAGAGGAAUGGUCGAGAGUCUCGCUCACGAAGCGAUCCGUCCCUGGUUUACUCAGGCUAUGAGAAUCAUGUCCCUGGGGCGGGCGCGAAGUCAACAGCCCCCACCAUAUCAACUAUCGGUGAUACUGCACCCUCCGAGGCAGCAUAUUCCAAGGCAGGGACAACAGCGACAAUAGGUGGAGGAAUCAGUACAAAUGGAGGAGGGGAAGGUAGCACAUUCUCCUCCCCGAAUCCGUCAGUCCGGUCGUUGGCAACUACCUUGACAACGGUACAGUCGGCAGCACCUUCAACACAAUUGUACCCUACGCAGCACACUCCCAAUGGCCCAGGACAUGGUCACUCGACACAGAGUUCCGGCAACCAACAAGUUCAGUUUUCGCACCAGUUCCCGCCCUUGUCCUCCCCCGCCACGGCCGUGCCCCCACACCUCAUACCCCACAGCCAAUCCAUGACCUACACCACGGCAACAGCAAACAAUGUCUUGACCGAUAACGCAUCUAUUCUUACGCUUGCCAGCUCCUCGAAACGCCGCCGCAGAAACUCCCUCGAUACCAAUGCAUCGGUACGUGGCCUGGCGCCGUCUUCGGUCUUCGGUGGAAGUCGCGAGAGCCUGCCAUUGAGUUUGCUGAGUGGAAACGUGGUUGAGCCAUCCAAUACCUCUACUUUCAAUGCCCAGGGCGUACUAAGUCGUCCUAGCAUCGUCGGACUCGCUAGCGCUGAGCGCAUUAGCGUCUACUCGGCCUCCGGUGUCACGGCCAUUGCCAACGGCGCAGGCGAACGAGGAAGCUUCUAUACAAAGCCAAGCGCAACCACAGGUGACGGUGCUAGCAUUCGCAGUGGCGCACCAUCGCACGGUCGCAAUGACAGCACCGCGGCCAGUAUUACCGGGGUGAACAGCCCGCUUGCAAUGGCAUCUGGCCGGGUCAGUCGCAGAAGCUCCGGAUGGGGAGAAAUUACUGGCGAUGAAGCAGAGGAAAGACAAGGCGAACGAAAUGACGAGAAAGCCACGUUGAAGCCUGACUAUAGCGUUCAAGAAGAGCCCAGGGACUAA